ACUGGUCAGGACGAGCCGAAGGCUCUCGGUCCGAGGGGUGUUCCGGGGGUCGAUCUCUCGUCACACACACGUCACACACAAUACGGGCCAGGACCAGCGGCGGAGGCAGUGUGUGUUCUUCCUCCUUCACGGUGGUUCGAUGGACCUGCCGACCAGUUCAGAUCAGAUCACGGUGGACUCCCGGACGACGUGUGGUACAUGGGCCCGAACUCUUGACGGAGUGUGGUGUGCGUCGCCCGUCCCGAAACUAUUUAGUAGUUUUCAACUUUUUUCACUCGUCCUGCUACCCAACCGCCCCCCGGAUCACCCGGGAUCGGGAUUUUUUCUCGCGCGCCGGAACCUCCACAGUGAUUGUGUGUGCCCCGAAUCGGACCUUCGAUAACCGAACCGAACCUAUCGUGUGUGUACGGCCAGGCCCAGGCUUCUAAGCCUACAUUACACCGCGCGGCACUCUGGCCACUCCGUGUGUGACGUUUAUUAAAAAAUUAGACAGUGAAGAAGACACGCGUUGGCGCGGGAACCAAACUUCCGGAAGACUUUGGAGCACAGUCAACUUCCUGGAUUAGAGACAGCCAACUUGGCGUUUCGGAACUCUGCAGAUUCUGGAGUUAUACAAAAUCUUUUCAGUUUUUCCCUAAAUUUCUUAAAACAAAAAAACGCAACUAAAAGUCGUCAACCAAAAUCGCCAUACCAAUUCGGAAUCUUUGAGAGUUAAAAAAUUGCGGUGAAAAAUUUACAAACAUCAAAUUUCUUUGAGUGAGUGUCAUACACGCGAAAACAAAAAAAAAGUUCAUUGCAACAGCCACAACAACGCAGCGCGCAUCAACAAAUCAACAAAACAAAACCGCGUCGCGUCAGGAAACAAAAGAAGAGCCCCCCGGCGGCCGAUUCUUGGCAGCAGCAAAAAAAAGUGGGAGGAGCCUCAUCGAAGAAUGUCCCGUGCACUUUGAAAAAAAAAACACGCUCGCUCUCGCGCGUGCGAUCAAAAAUGCGUGCAAUUGACAGCCGCGAACGAUCAAGUGUGUGACAGAUAAACGUGCAGGUUCCUCGACUAUGUCGACCGCCGGAACUCCGCCUACCACCGCUGCCGUCGCCUACUGCUUGGGAUUACGUGUGCGUACGCGGCGUCGACAGUAAAAUAAAGUUUGGAUUGCUCCUCCUCGACGCUCCUCGAAUAAAAAAAGUUUUGUUUGACGUGAAAACGAUAUCUUUUUUCUUAAAUCGCUCUCCGAGCGAAGCGAUCGUUUGUGCGUGUUCGUGCGUGUUACGUUUCUCGCGGGUUUGAAAGUUUUGAACAGCAACAACAAUCAACAACAACCAGGUUGAUCUUCGCGCUACGCGCUCGUGCAAAAAAAAAACACCAAGUUCAGUGACUUUUUCGCAAGUGAUCGACACGCACGAACAAACCCUCUCGCGUAACAUUUCGUGCACCCACACACGCACGCUGCCCAUCCGCUCAUCGCAAGUGUCCAACAGCAAACAAAAAACGAACAAAAACGAUCAAUUGUGGCGGUGCGUGUGAGUGAUCGUGCGAGGUUUUUUCGGCCGUUUCUUCGUGAGUUUUGUGCCGCGGUACGCGUUCGCGUGUGAUUUUUGAGUUUUCGGGGUUCGCGCGUGCGUGCGUGAGUGUGUGGUGACCCCCCAGCAGUGAGAAUCGAUCAAAACGAUCGAUUAAUAGUGCGUCAAAAUAGUCGGGUCGUGUCGUCGCAGUCGUGUGAUAUUGUUCUAAGUUCUGGUACAACACGCACACAGAGAAAAAAGAAAGUUAGAUCGUGCUAGGUGAUCGUGGUCCGUGGUGUGUUGUUGGUGGCGGCGCACCAAUAAACAAUAUCCCAACCCUACCAACGAAGAAGCCAAACCGCCGCCGCAGCCGCCGCCGCCCGAACCUUUAUGGAGUGCUGGACGGGUGACGCCCGCUUGGCGAGAUUUUGCGAUUAAGCAGCGUAAGCUGUCACCGACAUGGGCAGUGAGCAUUACUGCUUGAGGUGGAACAAUCAUCAAUCCAACCUGUUAGGGGUGUUUAGCCAGUUGCUGCAGGACGAGAGUCUGGUGGACGUCACGCUCGCUUGCUCAGAGGGCGCCUCCAUCCGAGCCCACAAGGUUGUUCUGUCGGCCUGCUCCUCGUACUUCCAGACGCUGUUUCUCGACCACCCGGCCCGCCACCCGAUCGUGAUCCUGAAGGACGUCCGCUUCGCCGAGCUCCGCACGCUGGUCGACUUCAUGUACAAGGGCGAGGUGAAUGUCGAGUACUGCCAGCUGUCGGCGCUGCUCAAGACGGCCGAGUCGCUGAAGGUCAAAGGUCUCGCCGAGCAGAGCACGGCCCUGGCCGAACCGAAGCGCGACCCGGACCGCCUGAGGCCGCAGAGUCACAGCAGCGCCCAGCAUGCCACAAGUCUGACCACGUCCGCCGCGUCCCCGUCGGCGGUUCCCACGUCCGGAGCCGGCGGCACCACGACACUCGGCGGUGGCAGUCCCCACCAGCAGCAGCAGCUAGGAUCACCCACCAGCAAUGCCGCCGCCUCGAUAGUGGCCGCGGCGGCCUCCCUCGGCAUCACCGACCUGUCCACGACGCCGAUGGGCAAGUCCCGCGGCGGGUUGGAUCCGGACGGGAGAAGUCCGUCGCCGAGCCGGCUCGAUCCACCGUCGCCCACCCCUCUAGCGUUGUACCCUCCCCUUAGGAAAAGUCGUGACCAUCACCCGACCGGUUCGUCGGUAUCCUCGUCGGCAACUACUACCAUCACAACGGCAGCAGCAACAACUGCGGAACGGUCCUCGGAAGAGCGGGACCUCGAACACCAGCACCACCUGCACCUACAGCAACAAAGCAGACCCCAGUCGAACAGUGGCAACGCCUUCAGCAGUACCCUCAACAGCCUCAGCAGUACCGUGGAAAGACUCAACAACAGCAACAACAACGCGGGAAUGUCCUCCUCUUCUUCGGCACUCAACGAUAGCGGGAAUCUCCGGCUACGGCAACGCCGAAACGACGACGACGACGACGACGAUGACGACGAUGACGAGGACAUGGAGGAAAACGGCGAGCGAACCGGGAUCAGCCUGAACAGCAAGCAGGACGCACUGUUGCAACACUGCCAUCGGGGAGACGACGACGGACGGCGCAGCAGUACCAACAACAACAACAACAACUCCGACGACGACUACGAGCCGCCGAUCAAGAUCAAGAGUGAAGUCGAAUUCUCCCCCCUCUCAGGACUGAACAUGACGAUCAACUCGCCCGCGUGCCUAGCCAACUCGACGACCACGAGCGGUCUGGUGAACUCGUCCGCCCUCGGCGACCUGAGGCCUUCGUCGCGUGACAGCGGCGGCCGCGGUGGCGGAACUCCUGUGGCGUGCAGCUCAACAACGCUCGCCACGGGCGGCAACGGCGGCACUCCUCUCGCGCUGGAUCGCAGCUCGCCGCGGUCGCAACGGGAUCGCAACGAGCGCAGCACGUUCGGCAGCGGUGGCAUCCCGAGCCCCCUGUCGGAACCCAUCGCGGGACCGUCCGGAAUGGGGCCCGUGCAGCAGGUUCCUCUGUCCCUCAAGAAGGAGAUCGACUGGGACCGGGGGGACGACAAGUCGUCCGGUGACAGCUCACUGGACUUUCGACACCCGCACGACUCGAACCUAAGCCACCUGUUUGCGACGGCGGCGACCGGCAACUACUCGCGGGCGGCCGGCAUCAAGUCGGCCCCAGCGACGGCGGCAGCAACGGCAGCGGCCGGAAUUAUCGGCUUUCCGGGGGCGGCCGUCGGGGCGAUUCCGUUCGUGUUUCCGUUUGCGCCGCUCGGGCUGGGCCUGUUCGACACCGACCCGAAGCGCAUCCUGAACCUGCUGCACCACCAGUCGGCGCUCGCCGAGGAGGCACUGAGAUACCGCAACCUGUUGUUCGGCACAUCAACCUCCACCACCGCUUCCAACUCAUCCGACCGCGACACUCCCAUCCAUCUCCACCCGGAGUCUCCGUCCCCGAAGCCACAGGACCGCACCAAACCCGACUACACCGAACAACCGUCAACGUCGCGUCUCUCGGACACCGGCACCGAAUCGUCCACCAUCACAUCGCCACCGCCCCCAUCCCCCUCUCCGUCCUCCCUGCCGAAGCUGGACCCGAUGAUCCGCGUACGGGACGGACUGACCAAGGAGGGCUUCCACAACGGGAUGGAGUUGCUGCUGCGAAAGCCUGCCGCCGUGGAGGAACCGGCCGAUUUGUCACUGUACUCGUCGCUCAUGAAGGGCGCUGGUGAAGGAGCUUCCCCCGGGGAGUCUACCAAGUGUCACAUUUGCAUGGCGAAUUUCCCAUCGGUUUGGCUGCUGGAGCAGCACGCGGCACUGCAGCAUCCCCAUCUGACGAUCCACGACGACAAGCCGUAUCUGUGUGGGCUGUGCGGCCAGAAGAGUCGGUACACGUGCUGUAGAUACCGGACGGUGCUGGCCAAGCAUCGUGAGCAGGCCAGCCGCAGUCGGGUUCCGGCGGAUAAGCUGUUUACGUGUGACGUUUGCGGGAUGCAGUUCCGGUACUUGAAGUCGUUCAAGAAGCACCGGUUGAACCACGCGCUGGAGAGACUGCACGGGAAGAAGGACAAGCAGGGCGGCGGCCAGGGCGGCGAGAGUGAGCAGGUUUCGAGCACCAACGAGAGUGACAGCGUAGAUCUGCGCGGGUUGGUGCGGGACGAGGAGAAUUUGAGCGAUAACGACGAGCAGGACGAUACGGUGGACUCGAUGCACGCGGGUGAAACGCGGGAGUUUGUCGGGGACGGAGAUGGUCAGGGUAAGAUUAGCAGCUCGAUGAUGGAGUCAUCCGGCGGUUCGUCGGAGUUUGACUUUAAGAAGUACCAAUCCGUCCACCGUAUGGCAGCGGAAGCCGAGUCCAGCAGCACCAGCAGCAGCAUUCCGUCGACGUCCUCGAACUCGCUCAGCGCAACGCUCAACACGCUGAUCAACGCGGAGUCCAUUCCACACCAUCAGCUGCUCGGCCUGAACCCGCAGGAAGCCUCGAUCCUCAACUAUCUGCGUGUGGACGCGGCCGAGAAGCAACGCGAUCGCCGGUUCGCUUGUCCCUUCUGCGGCAAGUGUGUCCGCUCGAAGGAGAACCUCAAGCUGCACGUCCGCAAGCACACCGGCGAGCGGCCCUUUGUGUGCCUGUUUUGCGGUCGGGCGUUCGGCGGCAAGUCCGACCUCACCCGGCAUCUGCGCAUUCACACCGGGGAGCGGCCGUAUCACUGCGAGGCUUGCGGCAAGUGCUUUGCCCGGGCCGACUAUCUGUCCAAGCAUCUGACGACGCACGUCCACAAUGCGUCCCCGCGCUGAGACGAGCCGGGCCGGCAGAGGAGGCGGCGGAUGGUCCUCUGCCGGAGCGUGGUGCCAUAGUCUGGGGAUGACACGACAAAUGCCGCGACCGACACACAGAUAAGCCGCAGGGGAGCGGUUCUCUAGAAAUUGUACUUUACGGAUGGACAUUUUAAGGCUCAUUUCUUUUUAGCCUUUGAAGCCAUUUUGAAUAAUUUGUUGGCCUUUACAAUCCUGUAUCGAAUAAUGAGAGAAAAUUUAAAAAUGUUGUGACUUGACCUUAACUGAUCAACAACGACGCCAGCUUAGUCAGAGAGUAGAUCAAGUGGGACGGAAUGUUCGUAUGUGGUCAAUCCACGCAGUUAGUGAAGCUCUCGUUGCUCCUGAUUUGAAUUUUAAUCACUUUGUUUAAAAGUUUUGUUCUUGUCUUAAAUGUUGUGCCAUAAAGAUUAAUAUACGGAUUCUGUUGUUUUACAUAUUUUGACUGUUAUAAAUAUAAAAAAAAACCUUAUUAGAGAAAAAAACUUAUGCAUCAUUUGCUUGAAUUUGUAUAACUGAAUUUUAGGAAAUGGAUAAGUUGUACUGCUUCAGGGUCAAACAUAUAAAAAGAAAAGACAAAUUAAUUACAAGACUACUUCAAAUAAUAAAUCAACGGUAUUGCCAGCGAUCUUUUGAUUCCGAUCCUUAUUUAUUGUAAAUCUUCAUAAAUUAGAAAAAAAUCAGAAUAAGUAAUAUGUCUUAGAGAUUAGUGGAUUUAAAAAUUCAUAGAUCAAACAAUUUAAUUGUUUUCACAAGUUUAAAAAUCUUAAAUCAAAAAACGGGAGAUAAUAGAAAAAUAAUUCAACAAUUAAAUUAAAAACAUAGAUUUUAAAUUUUUAUCUUAAAAUUAUAAAAAAAGCAAACAUCCUAAAAAUUGUUUAAUGUUUGAACUAUUAAAUUCUACCUUUAUAUAUUUCUGAAAAUUUCAGAUUCUCAAUUUCUCAAGCUCAGA